GAAAAACCCAGUUACCCCGCUACGGACCAAUAAUUCAGAGUCCAGACACUCUCUCUCCUCUCUCUUCCACACGGACUUUUCCUUUCCUUCGAUUCAACCCUUUUCCAUUGAUCCCUCUGCUUCUCCGAGCCGUGCGCACGUGCUCAAUUCCCUACUCAAUUCGCUCUCUCUUGCCUGACUUCCUUCGAUUUGUCUCUCGUACGUUUAUCUUGUCGGUGAACAGUCUCCGAUUGUCGCGAUUUUACCUCUGGAAGCUCACCGAACGAUUUCUCGCCUCCGAUCACCGCUGCUCCCCGGCCGUACGCUCGUCCCCAAAGUUUGUGUGGUGUGUGACUGUGGAGGAACGAGCAGGAGGUGGAAAGGUCGGGAGUUGACCGAGUUAUGUGGUGCUUGCUAGUUGGAUUAGGUAAAUGAGAUGAAUGUGCAGGCCCAUAUGUCGGGGGCGGGGCAGGUGCCCAAUCAGGCAGGGCUGCCUCAGCAGAAUGGGAGUGCGCUCGCUCAGCAAAUGCAUAAUCUGGGUGGCGGCGGGCUGCGUGCUUUGUUUACUGCAGAGACCGAGAUGGACAGGGCACGUGCAUACAUGCAAGAAAAGAUGAGGAGCAUGCGAAUAUGUGUCUAGACUUGUGGUUGAAUGGAUGAAAUUUGCUGCUUUAAUAUCUUAUCCCAGCUGCAGCAGCAGCAGCCACCUCUAAAUGAACAGGCAAGAAGGAAGUUCAAGGACAUAGUGAAACGUCUAGAGGAGGGUUUGUUGAGAUCAGCUCACACAAAGGAGGAUUACAUGAACAUUGACACUCUGGAGAGUCGUUUGCAUAAUUUGAUUAAACGCCAACAUUUGAGUAAUCAGAAUCAACAAUAUCCUCAGCUUGUUAAUUCUUCCUCUGCCAUUGGUACAAUGAUACCGACAUCUGGCAUGCCACACAGUGGGAACUCAACCAUGGUUGUUGCAUCUUCUGUUGAUACUUCCAUGAUUUCUUCUAGUGGAUGUAAUAGCAUAACACCUACAACUGUUAAUACUGGAAGCCUGUUGCCACCUGGUGCUGGUGGCAUACGUGACAAUUCAUUUAAUAGAGCUGAUGGUCCUUUGCCUAAUGGAUAUCAACAGUCUUCUGCCAGCUUUUCCCUCGGUUCUGGUGGGAAUGUCACCCAUGGGUGCCCAAACACAUCAUCAUCCGAGGAACCAUCCAUACCUUUUGGAGGUGUGUAAGUAUUUGUCUAGCCUAUUUCGACGUUGUAACUAACAUUAGCAUAUGUUUAAUGUAUACUUUGUCUGAUUUAAGUGGUCAUCCAGUCACAUGUGAUGAAAAUACUUGUGGCUGGGCAACAACUUUGCGAUUGGGCAUUCUUUUUAUUUUUUGUAAUGUGAAGUAACAUUAGUGAUGGGCAAACUUUUGUGAUUGACAUAAUUUUGUGAUGGGUUGACAUGUUAGGAUUCUUAGGAACCUUAGUGAUGUUAUGUAAAACCAAAUGUGCUGAAGAUUGGUGAUGAUAGUUUUGUGAUGUGGAAUGAUGUAGAAUUGGUUAUGUGCAGUUGGAUGUUUGUGGUGAAUUGUAUAACACCUACUGCAUGUUUAUGAUGAAUUGUGUUGCCAUGGAAUUGAAUAUGUGCUACGGCAUGUUUGUGAUAAA